GAGCUCGGCGGCUACGGGCGGCGGAGCCGCUUCCGCCCCUCCCGCCAUGAGCAGCAGCGCGGGACCCGCGGCGCGGCUGUGCCGCCUGGAGCGGGGGCCGGACGGGUACGGCUUCCACCUGCACGGCGAGAAGGGCAAGCCGGGCCAGUUCAUCCGGCUGGUGGAGGCGGGCUCACCGGCCGAACGCUCGGGGCUGCGGGCCGGGGACCGGCUGCUGGAGGUAGAUGGCGAGAACGUGGAGCGGGAGAGCCACCAGCAGGUGGUGGAGCGCAUCCGAGCCGCCGCCGGUGCCGUCAGCCUCCUCGUCGUGGACCCGGUGGCCGACGAGCAGCUGCAGAAGCGGGGCGAGUCGAGUACCGAGCCCCCCGUGGGCGGCGGGCAGGCGGCCCCGGAGCCGGCGGAGCCCGCGACGCGGGAGCCCAGCGGCGGCGGGCAGCGGGAGGAGCUGCGGCCUCGGCUGUGCUGCAUGAAGAAGGGGCCCAAUGGCUACGGCUUCAACCUGCACAGUGACAAGAGCCGUCCGGGGCAGUAUGUGCGUGCCGUCGACCCCGACUCGCCGGCCGAGGCGGCAGGGCUGGCCCCCCAGGACCGCAUCAUUGAGGUGAACGGGGUGUGCAUGGAGGGCAAGCAGCAUGCCGACGUGGUGGCAGCCAUCAAGGCGGGCGGUGACGAGACCAGGCUGCUGGUGGUGGACGUCCUCACGGAUGAGUUCUUCAAGAAGUGCAAGGUGGUGCCCUCUGAGGAGCACCUGGCAGGUCCCUUGCCAGAACCAGUUGCCAAUGGCGAUAUAGGGAAGGAAAAUGGUGGAGAGCUGCGGUCCAACUCGGUGUCCGAGAGCCCGUCCAGCCCCGGGCCGCUGGCCGUGUCCCCCAACUCCAGCGAGACCCACAGCGAGCCUGACACACAGGAGGGUGAGAAGCGCCAUUCAGCAUCUGGCUCCCUCCUGGACCUCGACAUCCCGCUGGCGGUGGCCAAGGAGCGGGCGCACCAGAAGCGCACCAGCAAGCGGGCACCUCAGAUGGACUGGAGCAAGAAAAAUGAACUGUUCAGCAACCUGUGAAGGCCCUGGGGUGGGGGCGAGGGUCCACCGGCUCCCCCCCCCCCACUUCACACCCACCUCUCCUGCAUCCCCCUCCUCCCUGCCACGGCUCCCGGUGGGGAUGCGAGACUGCUCCCCACCACCCUGACCUGAGGGAUGGGGCUCGGUGGCCAGCGAGCAUCCCCGCAGUGGGGUCCUGGGUGGUGGUUUUAGGCUAGAGAGAGCCGGGGAGUGCUGGGGGGGCUGCCUCUUCCCAUGAGCCCAUCCCUGGGGUGCUCCUCCAGCCCUGCCCUGCACACACCCAUAGGCACAACCAGGGGUUCGGGGGAGGGGGGGGAUUUGGGGUGACCCGAUGCCCAACACUUCUGAUCUCUGCUGUUCCCUGGUUCUUCCCCCACCUCAAAUCCCAUCUCCAUUUGAGCCCCCCCCAACCCCCCACCCUCAAUUGCCCUUUAACUGCAAAACUCGAGGCUUUUAGUGACUUUUAGCAAACCCCACUGCCUGGCCAUCCACCACAGCGAUUCCUCCCCGGGGUGUUUGACCCUGCCUGGCAAGCUCCGUCCACGAUGACCCUGUCCCUUCAUCCCCCAGGUCCCAGCAAGUGCAUGGAGGGGACACAGGUGCCCAGCAUAGCAGGGAGCCCCCAGCACCCUGCCCCUGGGGCUGUUUUGGGAGAGGAGAGGGUGUCCAGAGCCAGCACAGCAAGCAAUAAUCAUCUCCUUUGCUCCCACUCGCUCCUGGAGACAGAGCCGAUCAGGGUUUGAAUCCGACACUGUUUAAUUUAAAGGCUUCUCAAUAGACACUGUUUUUUUCCAAAAUAAGAGUUUUCCAAUCACAUUGUUUAUUUUUUUUUAAAAAUGUAUUUUGUGGAAAUUCUUCCUGUGGAUGUUUUGUUUCUGUGUUUUGCGAACGGGUGUUGUCAUACUGUCCAGCUCAAGAGAAAUUCUGUUUACUGGAAUAAACCUUCCUGACUUCA